CUUUACCGCUUGUUCCGGUAGCCCGUGGUGAGUACGCGUCCUUUCGCAUUCACUGCUUUCAGUAUACUAUUCCCUCUCUUUCUUUAAUUCUCUCUGUACUAUCAACUGAUCACCGAUCGCUUGUUAUCUUCUUAGAUAUGAAGACUGGGAGCAAGAGUCGAGCGGCCACGAAAAAGGAAACUAAAGAAGCAUUGAAGCCCGUCGAUGACCGUAAGGUUGGGAAAAGGAAAGCUGCCCCUCCUAAGGCAGAGAAGAAGAAGGCUAAGAAGGGAACUAAGGUCAAGAAAGACCCGAACAAACCCAAAAGGCCCCCGAGUGCUUUCUUUGUGUUCUUGGAGGAGUUCAGGAAGACUUUCAAGAAAGAAAACCCGAAUGUGAAGGCAGUCUCAGCUGUUGGAAAAGCUGGAGGAGAGAAGUGGAAAUCAUUGAGUGCAGCUGUAAGUGCUAUACAUGUCGAGUAUUUACCGUUGGGUGAAAUUUUGUUACCGAAAAUAGCAAGUGAAAAGGCUCCGUAUGAAGCUAAAGCAGCGAAGAAGAAGGCUGAGUAUGAAAAACUCAUGAAUGCCUACAACAAAAAGCAGGAUAGCUCUGCUGAUGAGGGUGACGAAGGUUCUGAGAAGUCAACCUCGGAAAUUCACGAUGAUGAGGAGGGAAGUGUACAGGAAGCGGGGGAUGAUGAUGACGAGGAUGAGGAUGACGAGGAUGAUGACGAGGACGAUGAGUGAGGUUGAAGUAUCGGGUUCAAGGCUUAUGGAGUAUUCUGACUCGGGUAUAUUAAAAAAACGUUUUUUAUUCCCGUUUGUUUGGAACAUGUAAUGGAACAAAACAUACUGUGUAGGUUGUGUUUGUGUAGCUCCUCACAGGGCAAUAUGGCCGUUGUUAAAUAUUUGGGCAACUCGCUUGGUCGACUCGGUUAAAAUCCGGUUAAUAUAUCAAGCAGCUGAGCAGUGAAUUCUUAUAUAAACUGUCAUUCUUUGCUAGCUAUGUCUAUCUAUUAGGGGUAAUUACAGUUGCAGUUUUGAAAAAAAAAAAGUAACAAUUUUGGAAAAAU